CCCUCCCCUCCCUCCUCUCUCUCUCCAUCCCCGCAGCUUCUCUCUCUCUCCUCCCCACCGCGACAGCAAAAGGCGAUCGCCGAUUUUCCCCCUCCUCCCCUUUCCUCCCCGUGAAAAGUCAGCCAGCCCUAGCGUUGCGCCGAUCGCGCCGCGGCAGCGAUCUCCCCGCCCAGAGUAAUGGAAUAAUGCUUUUAGUGAGCUGAUCCUGUAGAAAGGUACCAAAAGCAAUUUAUGGGAAAGAAACGAAGCUUGUGCACUGUUCUAAAUGAGGAAGUUUAAUCUGAUGCAAUCUCAAAACAGCAGAGUUUUGGGAGCAAUGUCAUCCUCUUUGCCUAUUCUGCCAAAUUCUUUGAAAGAGAGCUUCCCGAGGCCACAUAACCCCCAGCGUAUUCCAAUGUUGAGGCAACUGCCAGAUGAUCCUAUACCCUUGUGUCAUGGUGCACCUCAGCCUGCUACUUUGCCCCCAAGAUCUGGUGUUAUCGGAUCAUCAUAUUCGGGCUACUCUGCUAGUCCACUUGAUUCCGUGCCUAACCACGAGAGGCAGUCUAUGGUUGCUCCCUUUAUUUCCCAGUCAUCCAGUGUUGAAGUAUUUCAGUCUCUAUCUAAUAAUACCCCAGGAGCACACACUGAAGCAGCCUGGUUCCCAUCUUCUAUGGAUGUUUUACCUGGUUACACAGAAAAUUUUGCUGCUCCUGAUAAUCAGAUCCAGAGUGGCAGUUCUGCUAUGACAUCUGAUGAGGUUGUGAAACAAAAUGAAUGGUGGGCAGAAAUAAUGAAUGAUGAUUGGAAAGAUAUUCUAGAUGCAACAGCUACUGAUGCCCAGUCAAAGGCCAUAAUCCAACCUUCCAACUCAUCUGCAUCACAACUUGCUGUGAACCAGUCAGCUUCAUCUCAUAGUGGGGAGAUUUGUCCUGUUGCUAGUCCUCCCAAUAACAGCAAUGCCUCUGCAGCUAAACAACGGAUGAGGUGGACCCCAGAACUUCAUGAAUGUUUUGUAGAUGCUGUAAAUAAGCUUGGCGGUAGCGAAAAAGCUACUCCUAAGGGUGUGCUGAAGCUUAUGAAAGUUGAUGGUUUGACAAUAUAUCAUGUCAAGAGCCAUCUGCAGAAGUACCGCACAGCUCGCUAUAAGCCAGACCUGUCUGAAGGUACAUCGGAAAAAAGGACAAGUACUGAAGAGCUGUCCCUGGACCUGAAAACGGGCAUGGAUCUUACUGAAGCGCUGCGCCUUCAGAUGGAAGUUCAGAAGCGUCUUCAUGAACAGCUUGAGAUACAGAGAAAAUUGCAGUUGCGGAUUGAAGAACAAGGUAAGUAUCUGCAGAUGAUGUUUGAAAAGCAGUGUAAAUCCAGCAAGGAGAAGGUGCAGGAUUCAUCGUCAGGAGAUACAGCAAACCCAUCAUCUGAUCUGAGCCACCCUGCAAAUAAGGGUAGUGAUGCAGCCGUGAACCAAAACAGAACAGGAGACGACCCUGAGACUGCAGAACUAGGAGAAAAUUCGACCCAUUUAGGUGUCAAACAGAAAUUUGCAGAAACCGACUCUGAUUCCCAAGCAGCUUCAAGUGAUGGACCUGAGAUCUCCCAAGACAAGCGCCGUAAACUGAAACAUAGUUAACACAUCACUUGCAUCAUUUCAUAUUAUAGCUGUUCAAUCCAUUUGGUUGGUCAAAAUUGGUACCGUCCGUGUGUCAAAUUCUACUACUGAUCCUUAAGUGUUAGGUCUAUUGAGUUGAACUACUUUAGCUAUUUAAGGAACCUAAGAAGAAGGAAAAAAAACUUCUGGGAGCCGUGUGUAUAACUCAGGGAUAAAAAUUAUCUCCGAAAUUAUGAGAACAAAAAUAAGGAUAUCUUGUGAUCUAGAUAUCUUUCUGCAUACAUAGUUCCUUUUUUUCCAUUUGUUUGGGUGGGUGGGGGGGGUGUCAACUAGUCAGUAGUAAUGUAGUAGAUGACCAUGCAACUGAUCGGAAGCCAGUGUUUGCGAAACCAAAAUAUUGAAAUUGAACUACAUGAGCAUCGUUGGAUGUUGCGAAUUCUAGA